CUGUGGCUCUCCUGUGAAAUCAGUUUCUGCCUUCCCCGGCGAGAAGAUCGGAGCCUUUUCUCACAUGGCGCUUCUAAUUCCGGCGAGUUUCGGGAAUUUAGCCGUAUCGCGGCGUGCGCAUGUUAGCCUGACAGUCUCUGCUUCUGCUAACCCGCGCACCUUCCAUCGCGAAUCCGUGGAUUGGGUUAAGGAAACUGCAAGCUUUUUCGAUCAGGACAAGAGGCCGAUCAUGUUGUUCGACGGUGUUUGCAAUCUGUGUAAUGGAGGCGUGAAAUUUGUUCGAGAUCACGAUCGAAACAGGAGAAUAAGGUUUGAGGCACUGCAGAGCGAAGCGGGCAAGAGGUUGUUGAUGAGAUCAGGAAGAGCUCCCGAUGAUAUAUCCAGUGUCGUUCUUGUGGAGAAAGACAGGUCAUACACUAAGUCGGAAGCGGUUUUGAAGAUCAUGGAAUACAUUGACUUACCAUUUCCACAACUUGCAUUCUUUAUGCAGUUUGUUCCUCUGUUUGCUCGGGACUCUGUGUAUGACAACAUUGCAAACAACCGCUAUGCAAUCUUUGGUUGGUCUGAAUCAUGUGAGAUCUGAAUAAACUACAUUCUUGUCAACACCAUACAGUAUCAUACAAAAACUGUGUGUAAAAGCUCUUCCUACAGUUUAAUAUAUAUACGCCUUUAUACAAAUGUAAAGCUGCAGUAGUCUUUUCUUUGGAUACAUAUGUUAGUACUUUUGAAUCUUGUUUUCAGACUUUGUAAACUUCCAUAUCGAAA